AUGACGGCGUCGCCCGACUACCUGGUGGUGCUGUUCGGCGCGACGGCGGGCGCGGGCGGCGCGCGGCUGGGCUCGGACGAGAAGGAGCUGGUGCUGCUGGCGUGGCAGGUGGUGGACCUGGCGCGCAGCAAGGUGGGCCCGGCGCACGAGCUGCUGGUGCGGCCCGACCGGCCGGAGCUGACGGACGACUGCCCCGCGCAGAGCCGCCUCGACGCCGAGGGUCUGGCGGACGCCCCGCAGCUGGACCAGGCGCUGCGGCAGUUCAACCAGUCGGUGAGCAACGAGCUGAACCUCGCCGUGGGCACCUCCUUCUGCCUCUGCACCGACGGCCAGCUGCACGUCCGACAGAUCCUGCACCCGGAGGCCUCCAAGAAGAACGUACUGCUGCCGGAAUGCUUCUACUCCUUUUUCGACCUCCGCAAGGAAUUCAAGAAGUGCUGCCCCGGCUCCCCGGACAUUGACAAGCUGGAUGUGGCAGCCAUGACAGACUGCUUGAACUUCAAGAAGAAUCUUUCUAUUUCCCGCUACGGAGUGUCGCAGGUGGAAGAUAUGGGAAGCAUCAUCUUGGCCAUGAUAUCAGAGCCUUAUAAUCACAGGUUUUCAGAUCCUGAGAGAGUAAAUUACAAAUUUGAGAGUGGCACUUGUAGCAAGAUGGAGCUCAUCGAUGACAGCACAGUGGUGCGUGCCCGAGGGCUGCCCUGGCAAUCCUCUGACCAGGACAUCGCACGUUUCUUCAAAGGCCUCAACAUUGCCAAGGGUGGUGCCGCGCUUUGUCUGAAUGCCCAGGGCCGCCGCAACGGGGAAGCUCUGGUCCGCUUUGUGAGUGAGGAGCACCGAGAUCUAGCACUGCAGAGGCACAAGCACCACAUGGGGACGCGUUACAUUGAGGUUUACAAAGCCACAGGGGAAGAUUUUCUCAAAAUCGCAGGUGGUACGUCCAACGAGGUGGCCCAGUUUCUGUCUAAGGAGAACCAGGUCAUUGUGCGCAUGCGGGGGCUGCCUUUCACGGCCACAGCCGAGGAGGUGGUGACCUUCUUUGGCCAGCACUGCCCCAUCACCGGUGGCAAGGAGGGCAUCCUGUUCGUCACCUACCCUGACGGGAGGCCCACAGGUGACGCCUUUGUCCUCUUUGCCUGUGAAGAAUACGCACAGAAUGCGCUGCGGAAGCACAAGGACCUGCUGGGGAAGAGAUACAUUGAGCUCUUCCGGAGCACCGCAGCCGAAGUGCAGCAGGUGCUGAAUCGCUUCUCCUCAGCCCCUCUGAUCCCCCUUCCCGCACCCCCCAUCAUCCCGGUGCUACCUCAGCAGUUUGUGCCCCCAACCAGCGUGAGAGACUGUGUGCGCCUGCGCGGGCUCCCCUACGCAGCCACCAUCGAGGACAUCUUGGACUUCCUAGGAGAAUUCUCCACUGACAUCCGGACGCAUGGGGUUCACAUGGUGCUGAAUCACCAGGGCCGCCCCUCUGGAGACGCAUUCAUUCAGAUGAAGUCCGCAGACCGCGCCUUCCUGGCUGCACAGAAAUGUCACAAAAAGAACAUGAAAGAUAGAUACGUGGAAGUGUUUCAGUGUUCAGCUGAGGAGAUGAACUUUGUGUUAAUGGGGGGCACUUUAAAUCGAAAUGGCUUGUCCCCACCACCAUGUAAGUUACCAUGCCUGUCCCCUCCAUCCUAUACCUUCCCCGCCCCUGCAGCUGUCAUUCCCACCGAAGCAGCUCUGUACCAGCCUUCUGUGCUCCUGAACCCACGGGCGCUGCAGCCGUCCACUGCCUUCUACCCAGCAGGUGCCCAGCUCUUCAUGAACUACACUGCCUACUACCCCAGCCCCCCAGGUUCGCCCACUAGUCUUGGCUACUUCCCUGCGGCUACUCUUGGUGGCGGCCCUGCCGCGCAGCCUGGCGCGGUGUUCAGGAUGCAGGGCCUGGCCUACAAUACUGGAGUUAAGGAAAUUGUUAAUUUCUUCCAAGGUUAUCAGUAUGCAACCGAGGAUGGACUUGUACACUCAAAUGACCAGGCCAGGACUCUACCCAAAGAAUGGGUUUGUAUUUAA